GAUUGUUCUAGGUCCGCCGCUAUUUGGAUCUGCAAAUUCCCUUCGAAUUUGAUAUAUUUUUGAUUCAAAUUCGUCGGAGGAGCAAAGAUGAGCGCGAAAAAGCUUGAAGGUUCGUCGGCUCCGGCGAAUCGACGGGAUCCCUACGAGGUUCUUUGUGUAUCUAAGGACGCUAAUGAUCAAGAAAUCAAAUCCGCUUACAGAAAAUUAGCUCUCAAGUAUCAUCCGGAUAAGAAUGCGAACAAUCCUGAUGCUUCUGAACUUUUCAAGGAAGUUGCAUUUUCUUAUAGCAUUUUGUCUGACCCUGAAAAGAGAAGGCACUAUGACAAUGCAGCCUGGGAUUGUUCAGCUUGGGAUUUAGAUGGUGAAGAACUCUUGGAGCAGUUGCCAGCUUUACAGCAGCUUCUCUAUCGUCUCAUCGGUUGCAGGCCAGAAGGUGCUGCUAACCACAAUCAUGUUAUUCAAUAUGCACUUGCUCUGGUGUUGAAAGAGAGUUUUAAAGUCUAUUGUGCUAUCAAUGAUGGAAUCAUCAAUCUCAUUGACAAGGCUCGUAGCCUUUCUGAUUUAUAUCAAGCCUGCAAAGGAUUGGAACUUGCAAGGAAUUUUCAAUUUCCUGUUCUAGGAGAGCCUCCACAAUCUUUUCUGACAACAAUGGAGGAGUAUAUUAAAGAAGCACCGCGGGUUGUCGAUGUCCCAGCGGAAACACUGCUUCUAACGUAUAGGCUGGAUGAUGGACUGAAUGUCGAAGAUACUGAACUGUCACAUGAAGAACGUGAAAUGUUACCUUCAGAUGAUGCCGUUGUUGUAUCUGAAGAAACAGAACCUUCUCCCCCGCCUCCUCCUUCAGCCAACGCUCAGAACUUCAUUGAUACCGAUGAUUUACUGGGCCUGAACACUGGUGCUCCUGAUGCAUCAGUGAUCGAAGACCAAAAUGCACUUGCUUUAGCCAUUAUUUCAACUGAUGCUGGAGCAUGAGAGAAAAAAGUUGCAACUCAGUGAUACAUGAGGCAGUGUGAAGGAGUUGUUCAAUGAACACAGAGCGAUAGU